UCUCGCUUUCCUCGUAGACUCAACUCGCUCCAUUGUUUAAUUUCCUCUUUGAAUUCUAACGCAAUGGCUCUCUCCCGUUUUCUCUCCUUAGUGACAAUGGCAUUGCUGUUUUGCUCCGUUAUAGCACAAUCUCCAACGCCAUCGCCUGUUUCGUCGCCGAAGAAAUCGCCGUCGUCCAGUCCGACGCCAGUCUCUUCACCACCGACGGUGUCUGCACCGUCUCCAUCGAAGACUCCGACAGCAACUGCACCCUCUCCCGUAACUGUUGAAUCACCUCCAUCUUCUUCACCGUCUCCGGCUACCAGUCCCUCGUCGAUUGCCGAGACUCCCGCCGAAGCUCCAGGACCAUCGGAAAAUAGUGCCGUUUUAAACUUGAAUAGGUUUGGUGCUGCUGGAUCUGUUGCGUUUGGAGUGUUGACAGCCGUGAUGAUGGUGUAGGGAAUAUGAAGAGAAGAUUACCCAGCUUUUUCCCCACAAAAUGAGAAUUAUAUCAUUUUAUGUAUUCCCUUAAAAUUUAUAAAAUUGAUUCUUUAAUUUUAAAUA